CAUACAGACAUACAGUAGCCUUGGAAACACCCAAAAAAUGAUCAGAUAUUAAAUAUUUAUACAUACAUGCAUUCAAAUACCUGAAGUCGUCGUCUCUUUCUCCUGCAAGUGAAGUCAUCCCUUUCUCCCUCUACAGCAAAAUCCAUCACUAACGAUUAUGGGUGGAAGUGAGAUUUAUGAUAAUGAUGAGUGGGAGUUGGCUUAUGGAAGAACUUUGGUUUUAGUGGGUAAGACUGGUAACGGGAAAAGCGCUACUGGUAACAGUAUUCUUGGAACUAGUGCAUUCAAGUCGAUGAAAAGCUUGGCUGGUGUCACUAGUACUUGUGAGUUACAAAGAACUGUGUUGGACGAUGGGCAAAUUAUCAAUGUAAUUGACACACCGGGUCUAUUUGAUUUUUCUGGUGGAUCUGAGUUUAUCGGGAAAGAAAUUGUUAGGUGCAUCAACAUGGCUAAGGAUGGUAUACAUGCUGUUCUUGUAGUUUUCUCAGCUAGAGCCCGGUUUUCAAGAGAAGAAGCUGCUGCUGUUCAGAGAUUAUGCGACUUUUUUGGAAGCAAAUUGACUGAUUAUAUGAUUGCUGUUUUCACUGGUGGGGAUGAUUUCGAUGAAAAUGAAGAAACUUUGGAUGACUAUUUAGGUCGUGACUGUCCCGGGCCUUUAAAGGAAGUUCUUAAGAUGUGUGGAAAUAGGAAAGUGCUUUUCGAUAAUAAGACGACAGAUGCAUCCAAGAAAGCUAAACAAUUGAGAGAACUACUUGUCCUUGUAAACAUGGUGGUAGAACAGAACAAUGGGAUACCAUAUACUGAUGAGAUAUUCUCGCACUUGAGGGAUGGAGCAAUUAGACUUCGCAAUGAAACUGCAGAAGUUGAGUCCUCGAAGGGAUACACCAAACAGGACUUAUCUUUAUUGAAGGAUCAAAUGCACAAAUCGUAUGAAGAGCAACUUAAGCGCAUCGCUGAAAUGGUGGAGUCUAAGCUGAAGGAGACGACUAAUAGGCUCGAGGAGCAAUUGUUAAAAGAACACACCACUCGCUUGCAGGCUGAGGCGAGUGCAAGAGAAGCCUUGGAGAGAUCCAGUGAUGAGAUUCGUAUACUGAGGGAGAAUCUCGAGAGAGCGCAAAGGGAGGCUGAGGAAUUGUCGAAGGAGCAUAGUGCUCAAGUAAGAGAAGCCCAAGAGAGAUCCAACGAUGAGAUUAAUAAGCUGAGGGAGAACCCAAAAGGAGACUGAGCAACUCCGGCAAGCUAGAGAUAACGGGUGCUAUAUUCUUUGACAAACUUGUUGAUGUUCAUAUCCUAUCUAUUUGAGGUUGCUUGUUUUUAAUCCCAUUGUCACUUGAGGGUAAAACAAUUUGGUUUAUAAAACUUGACUGCAUUAAUCAUC